AAAACCGCAAAAUUUUGUUAUUCACUUGUUGGUAGAGGUACCAGCAUGGGAACAAAGAACUUGUCAGUAAAUUUCGUGCCAACUCCGUGCAUUAAUGACGCCACACGGAUAAAUCCGAUAAUUUAAUAACCGACUGUGCACGAAAACAAUUUUUACUUGCUUAGUUGAUAUCAACUACUGAGUAAAAAAAACAUUCAGUUCUGUUCUAGAAGUUUUGUGUAGGUGUACAUAAUUUUAAUAAAUUUUAUUAAUAACACGUGCACAAAACAAGCCACAUCAAUAAAACUGGUACACGUCUGCUCAUCCACGCACUGUGCAGACAAAGACUAAAAAACACAUUUGUUCUGACACUUGGAGUUGUAAGCAGAGGUAACCACAGCUUUGUUAAACAAGUAGACAACAAGAAGAAAAUGAGCGAUAUGGUUGUAAAACGUGUGGAUGACAUCAUCAAGAGUGAAGAAGACAAGCGAAGCUACAGAGGACUUGUUCUUCGCAAUCAGAUGAAAGUUUUGCUUGUGAGUGAUAGUAGUACUGAUAAAAGUGCUGCUGCAAUGGAUAUUAAUGUAGGAAGUUUGAGUGAUCCAGAUCAUUUACCAGGCCUAGCACACUUCUGCGAACACAUGUUAUUCUUAGGUACUGAAAAAUACCCCAUCGAGAAUGAUUACAUGAAGUUUACAAGUCAACAUGGCGGCAUGUCGAAUGCAACAACAUUUCCGGAUCAUACAAAUUAUUAUUUUGAUAUUUUACCAGAACAUUUACAUUCUGCUUUAGAUCGUUUCGCGCAGUUUUUUCUUCAUCCCCUAUUCACUGAAAGUGCAACCGAACGUGAACUCAACGCUGUGAACAGCGAACACGAGAAAAACGUCUCCAGUGAUAACUGGCGCCUGUAUCAGUUGGAUAGACACUCCUGUGACCCGUCUCAUCCAUUCCAUAAAUUCGGUACAGGUAACAAAAUGACGCUGGAUAUCGGCCCGAAAGAGCGCGGGAUUGAUGUGCGUGAUGAGUUGUUGAAGUUCCACGCGCAGUGGUAUUCGGCGAAUAUUAUGAGUUUGGCAGUGUUGGGAAAGGAGUCUUUGGAUGAAUUGGAGGCGAUGGUUGUGGAGUUGUUUGCUGAUGUGGAGAAUAAAAAUGUGGAGGCGCCAUCUUGGCCUGUACAUCCGUUUAAAGCGGAACAAAUGGGGACCUGUACGCAGGUUGUGCCGGUGAAGGAUAUACGCAAUUUGAAUAUUGUGUUUCCCUGUGAGGAUUUAAGUCAAUAUUAUGAAUCAGGGCCUGGUGAUUACAUAGGCAACCUUGUUGGUCACGAAGGACCCGGAAGUAUCCUUUCCGCUUUGAAAGAAAAAGGUUGGUCUAAUAAAUUAUACGCCGGAUACAAAGAACCACAUCGUGGGACAGGAUUUUUCGGUGUUUCUGUUGAUCUCACUGAAGAGGGACUCAAACACACCGAUGAAAUCAUUUUAAUGAUAUUUCAGUAUUUGAAUAUGUUGAAACAAUCGCCGCCGAUUCGCACGUAUCACGAUGAACAACGUGAUAUCGCCGCCAUGACAUUCCGGUUCAAAGAUAAAGAAUCCCCGCGGUCUUACAUCGAGAGUUUAACGCACAAAGUGCAAGAAUAUCCAUUUGAGCAUGUUUUAUGCAAUCAUUACCUGCUAACCGACUGGCGACCGGAGAUAAUCACGCAAGUUUUGGAGAAUUGCACGCCGGAUAACAUCCGCGUCGCUAUUAUCGCGAAAAAAUUCGAAGCGGUUGCUGAUCAACGAGAACCAUGGUAUAAUACACCUUAUAAACUAUUCCGGAUUCCGGAAACUACAUUGGAAAGCUGGCGGAAUGCGGGUUUAAGCAAAGAAUUGCAUUUACCGGAAAAGAAUGAUUUUAUUCCGGAUGAAUUCGAUUUGUAUCCGGCUGAUAAAGAUAUAACAGAGCAUCCGGCAAUUGUAAAAGAUACAGCGAUUACACGCGUGUGGUUCAAGCAGGAUGAUAAUUAUUUAUUGCCGAAGACGAAUUUAAUGUUUGACUUUGUCUCGCCACUUGCGUAUUUGGAUCCGUUGAGUUGUAAUCUCACGCAUAUGUUCACACAACUCUUUCGUGAUUCGCUGAAUCAGUAUGCGUAUGCUGCUGAGCUCGCUGGGUUGAAUUGGGAGCUGAGUAAUACAAAAUAUGGACUUAUUCUCUCUGUUGGUGGUUUUAGCACUAAACAACAUUUAUUACUAGAGAAAAUUAUUCAGUCUUUGUGUGAGUUUAAAAUUGACCCCAAACGCUUUGAAAUUUACAAGGAAAACUAUACAAGGACUUUGAAGAACUUUUCCGCUGAACAGCCGUAUCAACACGCUGUUUAUUAUCUUGCCGUGUUGUUAACAGAACAUUCAUGGACAAAACAAGAGUUAUUAGCGACUAUGGAUCAAGUGACAAUUGACCGCCUCGAAGCAUUCAUCCCGCAGAUCUUAAGCAAGAUGCACAUUGAAUGUUUCAUUCACGGCAAUGCCAACAAACAGAAAGCGUUAGACUUGGUUGAUAUCGUCGAGAAUCGCUUGAGUGAAGCAGUGCGCAUGUCACCGCUCCUGCCGCGUCAACUACUACUCAAUCGCGAAUUGAAACUAGAAGAUGGUUGUAAUUAUUUGUACAACAUCCAAAAUGACAUUCAUAAGUCUUCAUGUGUCGAGAUUUAUUACCAGUGUGGUAUGCAGACGAAGCAGAGUAAUGUUCUGCUGGAUUUAUUUGCGCAUAUUAUCCAAGAACCUUGUUUUAAUGAACUGCGCACUAAACAACAGUUAGGUUAUAUUGUAUUCAGCGGUAUGCGGCGGUCCAAUGGCGUGCAAGGACUCCGCAUCAUCGUCCAAUCAGAUCGUCAUCCGGAGUAUGUUGAUGAGAGGAUUGAGGAAUUUUUACGGAACAUGCUGUCACAUCUUGAAGAUAUGCCCGCCGCAGAAUUCCAAAAACACAAAGAUUCACUCGCCGCGCAACGCCUCGAGAAACCCAAACAACUCUCAAUGCAAUCGUAUAUCUUCUGGUCGGAGAUAACCAGUCAACAGUAUCAUUUCGACCGCGCGAAUGUCGAGGUUGAGUAUUUGCGCACAGUUGAAAAGAGUGACGUGAUCGCGUUCUAUAAACAAUUGCUAGCGGAAGACGCCGCCCAGCGGCAUAAAAUCUCCGUGCAUGUGCUGUCCACUGCCGAGGGCGGGGCCGGUUGUGAUAAUCCUGCCCAUAGUGUUCUCAAUGGCAAUGUCGAGAAUAAUUUAACGCCGCCGGCGACUACGCCUAGUCCCAAGCAAACAACGCCGAUUAAUGAUAUCACAGUGUUUAAAAGCGCGCACGGUAUGCAUCCGUUGGUGCAGCCGUAUAUGAACAUCACACGCAAGGGUAACAAGUGCAAGUUGUAGUUAAAUUUUAACUUUAAUAAGAUUAAAGAGUUUAAACAAGUUUCUUACAAGCACGACGGUACUUAUACUGGAUUUAUUAGGUGUUUGUUUGUGAAUUUAGUGGAUGUAAUGAAUUUUAAAACGAAACUUAACACAAUAGAGGUUAGAUUUUAA